UAUUUUAAAUACUAAAUAUCUUUAUGUUCAUAUAAUUAUUUUGAUUAAUUUGUUCGCCGCAGAUAAGUAAAAACCGAAAUUGUGCUAUACCGCUUUCUCUGUUGAGGGUUUAUUAUUGUUUAAAUAAUUUAUUUUCUUUAGAUUUUUGAUUUAUUUCUUAUUCGCGAUGGCUUUGAACUACAGUUCCAUCAACGACGACGAAGCAUUUUCGUUCAGGAAUCUUGAAAGAAAUGCAAAAAUUGAAAAAAUGGGUCUCAAAAUGCCGAGUUUCCGAAAAACUGGUACUACAAUUGUAGGAGUUACUACUCGUGAUUGUGUUAUUUUGGCUGCCGAUACUCGCGCUACAUCUGAUACAAUAGUUAUGGAAAAAAAUUGUGAAAAAAUCCAUUAUAUUGGAAAAUACAUGCAUUGCUGUGGUGCCGGUACAGCAGCAGACACUAUGCAAGUUACUCGCAUGGUAUCUGCGAAUGUUUCCUUACAAGCAUUCAAGUUUCCAGAUGAAAUGGUUCCUGUUGCAUUUGCUGCUAGGUCACUUCGUCAGUAUCUUUUCAAAUACAUGGGAUAUGUUUCAGCCGCUUUGAUUUUAGGUGGCAUUGAUAAUAGUGGUGCACAUUUAUACUCAAUUUAUCCUCAUGGUUCAAUUGAUAAAUUGCCUUACAUAUCUAUGGGGUCAGGAAGUAUGGCAGCCAUUUCAGAACUUGAAAGUCGCUGGAAUGAAAAUCUAACAGAAGAAGAAGGAAUGAAACUGGCAUGUGAUGCUAUUUUGGGUGGUGUAUUUAAUGAUCUUGGUUCUGGAAGUAAUGUAGACCUUUGUGUCAUCAAAAAAGAUGGUACCCGUAUGCUUAGAAACUAUCUAACACCCAAUAAGAAACCAGCUACUGCUAAAUAUGUCUAUCCAGCUGGUUUGACCAAGGUAUUAUGCAAAAGUGAAAUAAAAUUCCAAAUUGCAGAAGAAACUGUCAUGGAAGUUGAUGCUUAACAUUUUCAAUUAUAAUAUAAUGUAUUAAGAUCCAAUCACAAAUAUUAAUUUUAUAUACAUUUUCAUUUUCCACAACUUUUUUGUAUUUUGUUGGCAAAAUACAUUUUUAUUUAUGUGGAAUACU